AAAACACGAUUUUUUGUUUGAUUUAAAAAACUUUUCUUUUUUCUGAAUUUAGUUUUUGUUUUCAAUUUUUUUUUUCAGUGAAAAACGAAAAUGUCAACCAAUAUUCGUGCAUUACUUUUAAAUGUUCGACAAAAUUUACCACCAUUAAAUGAUAAACAAAAAGAAAAACCUAAAGAAAUAAUUUUAAUCGAUUCAUCGACAACAACAAAAAAUUCAUUAAUUCAACAAUUUCAUUUGAAUUGUAAGAAAAAUGAAUCGGAAAAAAAUGAAGAAAAUUGUCGAUCAUUAUCGAAAACAGCCGAAAGUUGGCUAAAAAUUCGUGAAAAAAUGUUAAUUGAAAUGGAAGAAAAAAGAAAUUUAGAAUGGGAACAAGAAAAUUUAACGAAACGAUUAGAAAAUGAAGAAGGAGAAGAAGAAGAAGUUAUUCUAACUGACGAUGAUAUUGAUGAGGAUGAUGGUGAUGGUAACAGUGAUAAUCUUGAAGAAAAACCUGAAGAUAAUGAAGAAGAACCCGAAGAAGCUCAUGACGAUCAUGUUAGCAUCAAUAGUGAUGAUGAUGAUGAAGUUCAAUCGAACGACAAUAAUGAUGAUGAUAAUGAUGAUGAAGAUCUGAAAGAUAUCGAAGACAAAGAUGAACAAGAACUGGAUGAAAAUAUUCAAUCAGAUGAUCAAAAUGCAGAUGAUCAAGAUGAUGACAACGAUGAUGAUGAAUGUAUAUUUAGUUCAAGAAAAUCUAAACCUUUACCAUUAAGUGAUGAUGAUAAUGAUGAUGAUGGCGAAGAAAAUGAAACUGAAAAAUUAGAAAUUGAAGAAGAAAUGGGAGAAAAUAUCAUCGAUACAUUUGAUUAUUUUGAUCGUCAAGAUGAUGAUCAAAAUAGAAAUUAUAAUUAUAAUGAGUAUGUUUCACAAAAUCUACCAUUAACACCGAUCGAUGCUGUUGUUGUUGAUAAUGAAAAUCAUCAAAAUCAAAAUCAUCAGCAAAAAAAUCAAUUUGAUUCACAAAUGUUGUUGGAAUUGUGUUCAGGUCGAUUCAAUGAUGAUCAAGGUGAUGACGAAGUUGUUGUUGCUGAUGAUGAUGAUGAUGAAAGUGAAACGUUGCAAAAAACAAACCGCAAACCGAAAAAAUCAUUAAAAAUUAAAGAUUUUAUCGAAGACGAAGCUGAAUUAUCGGAUGCGGAUGAUGCAAAUGAUAUUAGUAGUGAUGAAAGUGAUGAUGAAAAUCAAGAUCAAGAAUUUAUUGAAAAUCUUAUCGAUGAAGAAGGUGAAGGUAUCCCGGAUGAUCAAGAUGAACUAAGAGAACAAGUGGAAAAAAUUCAUCACAAAAAUAUGUUGGACGAAGAUAAACGUCAGUUAAUGAUUAUGAAAGAAUAUUUUUUCGAAGAUGGUGAUCUUUACGAUGCCGACGGUCAUAAUAAUCGACGAAAAAAAUUCAAAUGGACAUUGAAUCGAAACAACGAUGAGGAUGAUCUUAUCAAUACCGUUGUUGAUGAUGAUUCGGAUAGUGAAAAUGGUGAUUCAAUCGAAGAAGAUGAUGGCCAACCAACAAACAUUCGAUUAAAACGAACAAUCGAACAGAUUUCUGUCGACGACGAUGAGGUGGAAAUAGAUUCGAAUUCGAAUUCAUCCAAACUAAUUGCACAAAAAAUGAUGCAAUUAAAUUCAUCGAAAUUCGCUAAUCAAUUUCGAAAAAAGAAAAAUCAAUCAUCGCUAACAUCUUAUUUGAUUCGUGAUCAACGUUUAAAAGAAGUAAUGACGACGACCAAGAAUUCUGAUGAAUUAUCAUCAUCAUUGAAAACGAAAAAACUAAAGACAAAUGAUUCGAUUAGUAUAUUUGAUGUUUUUAAUCAACAACAAUAAUAACCAUGGUUAAU